AUGUUUGAUCACUUCCGAGCUCGGCUGCACAGCCCACAGGCUUUUGGAGUCACCUACCUCUUAACUGUUUCCCUUUCAACCAAACACCCCAACUCAGAUGUUCUCUCUCAGGCAGCACGUCACACAAAAGAUCUAGAGCAGAAACCUUUGUCGGCUGUAAUUCAACCUCUGCGUAACCUUACCCAGAGAAAAAGUGCAGAGAAGCUGACCUCCUGGCUGACGGCUACGACCCUGGAACUCCUCACCUGUCUGUCAGAUGUCCCCAGUGCGUUCUCUGGCUCUGCACAACUCGCCCGUCUGCCCUUUUGCCCUUCUGCUGCCUCCACAGUUGAGGAGGAGAACCCAGAGUUCUGGAGGUCACAGGCCCAGAAGACUUUGCAGUCGGCGCUGGACAGGAAGCUCAACACCAAUGUGGCCAAGAACAUCCUGUUUUUCCUUGGAGAUGGUAUGGGAAUCACAACCAUCACAGCGUCUCGUAUCCUCAAGGGACAACUGCAGAACCAGACAGGAGAGGAGACAGUAAUGACCAUGGACACCUUCCCCAACGUGGGACUGGCUAAGACCUACAGUGUGGACUUCCAGAUUGCAGACAGUGCAGCCACAGCCACAGCGUAUCUGUGUGGAGUGAAAACCAACCUGAACACCAUUGCCGUUAGUGCAGCGGCGCGGAACGGAGCCUGCAAGACUCAGAAGGGCAACGAGGUCACGUCCAUCCUGAAGUGGGCCAAAGAUGCUGGCAAGUCUGUUGGCAUUGUAACAACCACACGGGUACAACACGCCACCCCAGCAGCCAGCUACGCCCACAGCACUAGCAGGAAGUGGUACAGCGACGCCGACAUGCCUGAUGCCGCCAAGAGGGACGGCUGCACCGAUAUCGCCUCCCAGCUCAUCAAAAACACUGACAUUGACGUGAUCAUCGGUGGUGGUAGGAAGUACAUGACCCCUAAGGGCGCCAAGGACCCAGAAUACCCCAGGGAUUACUCCUCUAGGGGCAAAAGGAAAGACGGACGCAACCUCAUCGAUGAGUGGCAAAAAUUGAAAGCUGGAAAGGUAGCCCAUUAUGUAUGGAAUAACACAGAUUUCACUGCUGUUGACCCUGAAUCCACAGACUACCUCAUGGCUCUUUUUGAACCUGGUGAUCUGCGCUUUGAGGCGGAAAGGGACCCAAAAAUGGACCCGUCCAUCGUAGAGACGACAGAAAAGGCCAUCCGUAUCCUCCAGAAAAACCCUAAGGGCUUCUUCCUACUAGUGGAGGGUGGGCGAAUCGACCAAGCUCACCACGCCGGCCGGGCAUACAUGGCACUCCAUGAGACCGUUGCUUUUGACUAUGCAAUCGCCAAGGGCCUUGAACUCACCAAAGAGCAUGAAACUCUCACUAUAGUGAUGGCUGACCAUUCCCACCCUGUUUCCUUCAAUGGAUACCCAUUUCGUGGACAGAGCAUUCUGGGUAAAUCACCGCUGUGGGCUUCAGACGUGCUGCCUUACACCACACUGAUGUAUGGCAACGGACCUGGACACAAAAUCAUCAACGGCAAGCGUCCAGACAUCCGCGAUGUCAACACAAAAACUAAAGAUUACGUCCAGCUGGCUGCUGUCCCCACAGAGUCGGCCACCCACAGUGGAGAGGAUGUGGCAGUGCUCGCCCGCGGACCCAUGGCCCACCUCUUCCAGGGCGUCCAUGAGCAGAACUACAUUGCCCACGCCAUGGCCUACGCUGCCUGUGUGGGCACCGAUCUGAGGCACUGUCAGGGGCAAACUGAAGCACCUGCAGUUCAGACCACUAUUACUGAUGAUAAGAACGGAGCCGGGGUAGCUCGUAGCUCAGCAGCUCUGCUCAGUAGCCUUCUCAGUGUGCUGCUGGCACUUACAGUGCUGAUGUGAGGUUACUUUUCCUAAACCUACUGAUCUUACUCCACUUGCACAAACCAGGGAGAUCAAAGGUCAGGGUCAUAGAGAAGUGAGCAGGGAUUUUCUCAAGGCUUCAGCAGAAUGGAUAUGAACCCUUGAACCCGGGUUAUAACAGAGAAUUAGAUUAUUAGAAGUCAAAAAACAUAUAGUUUUUCUGGUCUUACAAAGACAAAGAAAAAGCAAUGGGCUGAGUCUAGAUACAAAAUCUAUUGAUAAAGGACAGCUGACUUCAACACUGCACUGUACUAAUAGGAGAGUACUAAAUGUAAAUUCACCUUUUUACUUCAGUAAAUUAGUGUUUAUUGAAUCCUUCUGUUGGAGCAAUAAAUCAGUCCUUGAAUAGAGAAUGUACAUGUAAU